UGCGGCUCCGCAGCGGCAUGCCCCAGCCGCUGCCAUCGUCGGGGCCGCCCCCCCCGCGGGCCGCCCGGCCGCCCGGCGGACCCCGCCCAGGGCGCCCGCGGCCGGCGGCUGCCUGAGGCGUCCGCUGCUCCGGCGGGGCCUGGGCGGGCCACAGCGCGCGAGCCCGCCGCCAGGGGCCGCGCCGGCAGCAUGCGGGAUGGCAAAGGCAUGGGUGGUGGCAUGUGCGGCGGCAUGGGCGGUGGCAUGGGUGGUGGCAUGUGCGGCGGGGGCAUGGGUGGUGGUGGAAUGGGCGGCAACAUGGGUGGCUGCGGAAUGGGAGGAGGCAUGGGCGGCGGCAUGGGUGGAAUGGGUGGCAUGGGUGGCGGAAUGUGUGGCGGCAAAGGUGGAGACAUGGGCUGCGGCAUGGGCGGCAUGGGGUGCAUGGGCGGUGGCAUGGGCGGCUGCGGUGGGAUGGCCGGCAACAUGGGUGGUUGUGGCGGCAUGGGUGGCUGUGGCGGAAUGGGCGGCUGUGGGGGGAUGGGCGGUUGCGGCGCGAUGGGAGGUGGCAUGGGAGGUAAAGGAGGCUGCGACAUGGGAUGUGGAAUGGGCGGUAUGGGCUGCAUGGGCGGCAUGAUGGGAGGCGCCGCGCGUGGUCGUCUCUGCGUGCUCGAUCGAGCCUCGUUCUCAGCCCCCCCCGCGCUCUGCUGCACUUGGUCCCCUUCCACGCGACAGCCGCGCGCUGCGCCCCGAUCGAGGGCAUGCUUUGUACGUUCGGACCGCACUGCUCAGCACAUUUUCAUGUCGGUCCUGCUCGCAGGACGAGGGGUG